AUGCUUGGUCGAAGCAACGAUGUGCUCUUCGUGUUUACCAAUGAUUUAAAGCCAGUCGAUGAGAUCUACUUCAGGAACGAAGCUAAAGACACAUGCAAUUUUGUUCUCGCGCAUCGCGAACAUUACUAUGUGAGCUGUCAGAGCGCUAUUUUGAAAAUUUCCGAGAUAGGCGAAGUUGAUGAAAGAAUCGGCGUUGACCAGGGUAGCUUUUCGUUAGGCCUAACAAUUGAUGACCAAAAUCGAAUAAUUGCUGCUAUCAGGGGCCAACCGCUUGUUCGAGUUUUCCAGAAUGGUAAACUGGUGAGUAAUCUGUCGCCUGCGUUCAGUGAAGAAUUGUCGGCAAUCUGGUCGGAAGUCCUUUAUGAGAACGGUCGGCUGCAUAUCGUGGAUUAUCUGACGAGCACACUGAAGACUUUUCGCUAUCCGAUUGGCAGUAGCACCGACAGCAACGACGCUUAA